AAUUAUGCAAAUUUGAGCAGUUGUUCCACUCCUCGGAUGAGAGGCUCGAUUCAGGACUACCGAGGAGUUUUAUUGUUCUUUUAAUAAGAUAAAAAGUUUCAUGUUUUGUCUUUCGCUACAGAAUAUAUCAGAUAAGAAUGACUCGUUGUGUUUUCCUAUAACGUUAUUAGAGGAAGGAACUGCAUCUCCGCAUUAUGAUGUUAUAGGCCAGGAAAUAAUGAAAAGCCGGUAGUGUGUAAGUGCAGCGAACAGUUUCGCCGGUCGGGGCUGCUCUUUGUCUGACACAGAGAGUAGUCAACGCGUGCUCUUUUGUUUGGGAUUUUGUCUUUGUUUAACUGCAAACGGGCGAUCUUUGUUCUCGUUCAGGCCUCCCGAGGUUGAAAUAUUUGUUUUGGAACAUGCAUCAUAUGAAGAAAUAUUUCACCGAGGGACUCAUUCAGUUUACGAUUCUGCUUAGUUUGAUAGGUGUUCGCGUGGAUGUCGACACUUAUUUGAGCGGCUACUUCUCGCCGUUGAUAGAGACGGACGGAGGGCCGAGCUCGGCUUUCAUACAAACCCCGUUUCACCACUAUCGGGACACCGCAGCGGGCCAUCAAGUGCACCCAAAAUGUCCCGAGCUAGACUAUUUUUUCACCAGCCGCAGGCUGCUGAAUGAAGUGCGUGCGCUCGGAUCCCCGGCCCGCUUCCCCACGCGUGUCAGCGCAUGGCUGGUGCACCUGGUGCCUGAUGAUGGUUCUGAUGUCAGUGAGCCACUCGACCUGUCAGGGGACCUUGAUAACGGGGACGUAAAUACCGAAAAUCACCUGGAAGAGGAUGAUCACAGGACUGGAGAGGGCUUCGGACUGUCAGUAUCUCAGGACUGCAAUGUUUCAAGGCCUUGCUGUGCAGCUGGCGAACUUUCCAAAGAGGAAACUUUACUGAACCAAGAGAAUGAGGAGGCGGAUGUGAAAGACGAAAGAGGGCAGGAAGAAACCAGCCCUGCUUUGCUGAACCAGCUGACUCAAAGCUCAGCGUUAGAGCAGGAGGAUUUGUCGGGUAGUACCCUUCCUCCACCUCUUUCUGGGCUUGAGCUUCCUCCACAGUGGCAGGACUUCCUCUCUGAAUUUGAUGAUUUUGACUCUAUGGUCCCUCAACGCAUGUCAGAUUUAGAAGCUGACCUUCCUAAUCCCAUCAGUUAUGAUGUAAGCCUUCAAGAUGCCAUGGUAACUGGGGGAGAUUCAUCUAAUUGCAGGCCGGCAUCUUCCCGAGCACCCCUCUUCCGUUUGGAAUCCACAAACUCUUCUCACUCAGACCCUUCUCAGAGCUUAGCAGGGGCACUUCCUUCAUCGCUCUAUUGUUUGUCUGGAAACAGCUCUCAUAAUGAAACCUCCCCUUCGCAGAUGGGAGGCUAUCUAGAUGAGGCUGUUUUUGAGCACAUCAAUAUGUUGGAUCUGGGUAAUCUCGGUACGAUCGACCCUCAGAUGCUGGAUGGCAUGCAAAGUGAGAUGGACACUCCAUGGCUGGAGGAUUCAGACUCUGGCCUCUCUUUGGAGAGCAGUUCUAGAAGCGCCGCAUCCCCGUCUACUUCGUCCGAUUCAUUUUGCGAGGAUGAGGGUGGAGCUACAGGCUAUAGCAGUGAAGUGGAAUCUCUUUCUUCAAAAGGUGGUGCUUGUGCAGCUGCUUACCGUGAUUGGUCACCUGUGAACCUUCAUGACAACAUCUGGCAUGAUCAUACCUACUCAGCCCCACAGGCUCAAAAUUCCACGUCAUCUAGCUGGAUCACAACUAUCAAACAGGAAGUGAUGAGCGAAGAUGAGUCUGAACCUGAAGAGAUGAGUCGUGAUGAACGUCGGGUGCAGGCAUUGGGUCUUCCAUUUUCAGCCUGUCAGAUUGUCAACAUGCCUGUAGAAAACUUCCUGGAACUGCUGGAUAGGCAGAAUCUGUCAGGAUCAGAAGUCAUGCUCUUGCGUGACGUGCGCAGAAGAGGCAAAAACAAGCUUGCCGCGCAGAAUUGCCGCAAGAGGAAGUUGGACGCGAUCCUGGGCCUGCAGGGUGAGGUUGAUGGCCUCACGGUACAGCGGGAUACUCUCCUGCGCCAGAGAGCCCAUACAGCCAAGGCACUUUCUGCUGCUGCAGAACAUUUUGAGGCGCUCUCAAGGACUGUGUUGAGCCACAUCCGUGAUGAAUAUGGACAUCCUCUGAACCCUGAGCAUUACACACUGCACUGCAGUGCUAAUGGACGGGUGAUGGUUCAGCCUCGCGCAAACACAACGUCAAGGACAAUGACCGGUAGUAAGACAGUGAAGAGAAAGAAGGUCAAGAAACCCUAAGAGACUUUUUUUGAGAGUGUGUGUGUGUGCAUGCAUGUUUGUGUUUACAAACAAAUAUUUUUGUUUUCUGAGAGUUUUUAUCCUUGAGAUGAGAUGUUUUGAUGCAUUUCUGGCUCUUCUUUGUUCCUAAAAGCCAUUCGUAACUCAAGUGAAGGGCAAAAAUAAUACUGUAAAAAAUACUACACAUUUACAGCUUGGGAGUAGCUUUGUUCACUUGCAGGAGAGAAUGUACUGAAAACACUGGAUGUUGUGUAUAGUAAGAGUUUGUAUAAAGACUAUUUCUAAAGAGCACAUUUAAAAAUAAAACUUCAUAUUGCUUUUCUUUAACUGUUAAUUUAAAGGCAAGUUAUUAAGUAAAGAAUGUUUGCAGAUGGUCACUGGAGGACCAUGUCAAAAAGUGUGCCUCGCUAUUUCUUGCAGGAUAAAGCUUCAAGGGAUAGUUCACCCAAAAAUAACAAUUCUGUCAUUUACUCACUCUCAUGUCGGUCCAAAUCUGUAUGGCUUUCUUUUUUUCUGCAGAACACAAAAGAAAAUAUUUUGAAAAAUGCCAAUGAAAGUCAGUCCAAUGUUGUUUGUCACUGCCGUUCUUCUUUUGUGUUCCACAGAAAAAAGAAAGGCAUGUAGGUUUGGAAUGACAUGAGGGUGAGUUAAAAUUUUUGGGUGAACUUUUAUCCCAUUAACACAAAGAACCCCAAGGCAAUUAUCCUAAUUCAAUUUAAACUACAGCAGUCAACAUUUGAAGUGGAUCAAAAAAAGUUAUUUGAUCCACUUCAAAUGUUGACUACUGUAUUUGCAAACAUUACUAAAAUACAACUUUCAUUAGUUGUAACUUGCAGUUACCUUCACACCACGAUUUAUGUUUCUCUCACCACUGAGAUACACAGUUAAAAUAAUGUGAUUGUGUAUUCAUGACAAACAGGAUCACUCUGCUUAAACUGUUCCUUUAUAAUACAUUACUGUCAAAUUACAUUUGCAUUUUACAUUUAUGCACUUGCCUAAAAAGAAAAAUUAUUAUGCUUUCUGAUAGCUUUUUGUAAAGGCUUUAUAAGGUUGGAUUGCAGUUAUGUUUUCAACUUGAUUUUCCUUUUUAUUUUUUGCACUCUGUUUGUCACAUUUUAAAUAUACAUAGAAGUGGUCAUCUUUGAAGUGAAGUCGAAGUAAAAACAAAGUGGAACUAAUUAAAAGAAAACAGAAUUGGUGAGUUUUGGUCUACCUCAUAGCAGUUAUAAUUUAGAAAAGGCAAGUACUACAUCAGCCUAAUGACUAAUUAAUUAGUGAAUUAGUAUUAAAAGUAAUAUCGAGCCCAAGCAAAUGAUCCUCUUGUUUAUUUUCUUUAUUGGCAGAGUGGUUUGAUUUGUGUUUGUGAGUAGAAGCGGUUUCUCUCUCUCUCUUUUUCCUUCAGUUUUUCUUCGAUUUUUCUAUUUUGUGUGUUUUUGAGCAAUUAUUUGUGUAUGCGUGUGUAAGGGGUUGGAAUACCUUCAAUUUCAAACAGGGAUAUUCAAAAUCUGGCUCUUUUAUAUAUUUUAAAAUGAAUAAAGGAGGACAAAAAAGUUA